AUGAAAAAACUCAUCCUGGGAACAUUCGGUAAUCAAGCGACUCCAUUUUGUAUAUAUUCAUUUGAAAAUAAGGAAAACAACAACCGUACCAAAGUUACAGAGAAGACGGAGAAUGACACACUCUUCUAUUGCUUGGAAGAGAUCAAUACCGUUUUUUUGAAUGGUCAAUUACCACAGUCCUUUUUAACAGCAAAUCUGUCAAGAAAGAUAGAAGAUGACGAUAAUCACUUACCAACCCAUAAAGAAGGCAAAACAUUCACAUCGAUUACAGCACAACUGCAAAGAAAAUAUCUCGAUUGGAAUAUGAAGGAUUUUAUGAAGAAUAAAGAAACAGGCGCAAUAUUCAUCAAACCUAGCUCUUUAUUACCGAUCGCACGUUUUUAUAAUGCUUAUUGUCUCGCCGAAUUAUGUAAAUUGACAUUGAAUGAAAUACAAGCAUUUGUGGCAGCGCCUUUAUUCAAAGUGAUACAGUGUCCCAAUUGGCACUAUCGGCACUACGAAGAAUUGCCAUGUCACUUCAGUCUAGAAUCGCUGAGUGCUGAUGAAGUGGACUUUUAUGUCGUCGACCAGAGAGCUCAACAAAGCUCCAUAAAUUUUAACAUCACUACAAAUUCUGCAGCCGAUAUGGCAUCUUCAGUAGCGGCAAAUAAUCAUUAUCAUGCCAGACCGAAAACGUCAACCUCUGCGAAGCAAUCACCACCUUUAACAUAUUCGACAUCUUCCAUUUGUAAAUGGUUUACAUGCAAUACAGACAUCGAUACAAGUCUGAAACAUAAAAUGAACAAUAUUUUCAUUAUCAAAUUACAGCAACAGGCAAUCAUUGAGACACGACUACGUAAAACCGCCUUCGAAAAUCGUAUCCCAUUGGAAGACAGUAUUACAACCAUGCGUUCGUAUACAGUAAACACCUCCAUCAUAAAUGAUGACAGCUUUAGAAAUUAUAAAAGACGAAGCCGGCAAAAGAAGUUAGCCAAUACUGAUAACAUCACAAUACAUACUGAAAUAAGCUCUGUGUCAAACAGCACUCUUGCUCCUUUCUCUACUUCAACAAUUGCUGGCCAAUUUGAACAACCUAACACAACUACAAAAAUUCUUGCUGUUCAAAACAGUAGUAAUAUAAAUACCAAAGAACAAAGCAAUAGGAGUCCCCAGCCCUCCCUUAGUGCUUCACCGCCUAUCACCCUAGUCAAUACUUGCAGCAGCAGCAACACUUAUAAUGCCGUAGGUAUAAAGAGAAAGCAAUCAACAUUUACGUCAGCUUCCACACUCGUUGCUCCAGUACUUCAAGAACCAAAAGAGAAUACACUGGCUGUUGCCUUUUCUUCUGAUGACAGCGCUUGUAAUGGCACUAAUAAUAGCAACAAAAGGCGCAAAAAAGAUUUAUAUUCCUCUACUGUUGAUCCUUACCAUGUGUUACCAGCAGUAGUAGAAAAAGAACGCGGUAUUGAUAACCUUUAUUUAUUAGCCACUCAAGCAGCACAAUUAAUACCCUUACCACUUUCACCCGAAGGUUCCCCACCUUUAUCUUCACCGACCUUUUAUGAACGUUCGCCAACAAACGUACAGGUACCAUCAUGUCUACCGUCCAUCCAGACCAUUUUUCCAGAUUUAAAAAAUCAACAGCAAUCACCAAUCGAACACUAUUGUUUACCUCACUCUACUGAUAAUCUCCAAAGCCAAUAUACGCAACAGCAGCAACAGCAGCAGCAGGGGAAGGGGACUUCUUUGGUAGUAUCUCCAGUUUCUCAUUCUUAUUGUCACCUUUAA